AUGACACGCAGCGACGAUAUUAAGCUUCUUAUCGCGGUCUUCAUGCAAUGGCGAUCUGCUCGUAUAGAUACAAAUAAAUUAGGGGAAGAUCUCGGUAUCAAUGGCGGAGCUGCAGGUAUGCGUCUGUUUCGACUCAAAGCGAGGCUCCGUACUGGAGAAGGGACAACAAACGCUGAUGGUGCACUUCUUACUGCCAUUAUCAAUCAGGAAAAACGCUUACCUAGACUCGACUACAAAUUACUUGGUGCAGAUCUCGAAAUCAACCCUGGAGCUGCAGCCAUGCGUUGGUGGAGGUAUAAGGGGCGCCUGGAGGUAGAUGCUAAAAUAGUCCAACAGCAGGAGGGAGAGAGAAAUAAUCCACGAAGCGACCCAGCCGAAAGCACAAUUGCUUCGGAGAAAGGUACUAACAGCACAGAGUCAGGGGUUUUUGGAUGGCCAUACAAUGAAAAGGGCUGGCCGGACGAGGCUUGA